UUUGGCGUCCAUUGCAGAUUCGCGGUUGUUUAUAUCAUGAUAUUGGAAAUUUUACAAUCUUAUUAACGAUUCUAUCUGCUGAGAGUUUGUACACAGAAUAAAUAGACGAUAUGAUAGCAAUAGAUCCUUAAUUUCGUGGCAUUCCAUCUGAGUAUUGAGAGAAAAAUAACGGUACGUCUCUACGUGCUCAAGUUCUACUGAUUAAAGAAACGCCAUGUCUGCAAUCUGUGAGGUAGAAGGCUGCCCCAAUGAUGAAAAGGCAUUGAAAAUCUGGCAGUCUGUUGUUUGUGUGAAGCAUCAAGUAAACCAAGGAACGAACGCUUGUGACUGUGAUCCUCCUUUUGUCCUCUACCCGUUCCCAGCCGAACCAUUGGCUAGGAUUAGAUGGAUAAACAAAGUAUCUGAACUUAAAAGUGAUAAAACAUGGCACCCAGGUGACACAUCAUGUGUGUGUUCAAAGCACUUGGUUGAUGGUGUGCCCACAGAACAAAACCCCUUCCCUUCUAUUAACUUGAGAGGGAGUGGCAGAUCCUCUCCUGAAGGAGAUGUUGCUGAAGUGUGUGUCGGUGAUAAGGAGGAGCCAUUAGAUGAAGGUGGUGAUGCUGAACUGUCUCUUUUGAAUGCAGAUGCCUGCCAGAAAUCACUGCCACUUGGUAUAUUAAGUAACUUCUUAAGGAAUGAAAAGGAUGAGUCUGGGUUAUCAGUUCCUGAGAUUGACGUAAACACUUCAGUCCCUGAAACAGAUGUCAAGCCAUCAGUUCCUGAGACAGAAGCUGAUUCAGCAAAGGCUAUCGGUGGAGAAGAGUCAAAGAAGCAGACGGUUCCCCCGCAUCCCCUUAAAGCUGAUGGCAACAAUGAAGCUUCUCAUAGAAAAAGUGAGAGGUUGAAGAUAACAGCUGUUCGAAGUCUUGCAAAGGCUGAGGAUCCUCCAGGCCAGAUGUCUGGCUCAAAACUUGUUCCAAUAAAACCAAAGCCUGCUGGAUAUAGGCCAAGUGCGCCUUCAGCAAAAGCUGUGCAAACUGCUAAGUCAGUUGAUCGGAAAAGUGAAGAGACACUUUCCCAGCAAGCUGUAGCUGAUGGUCCUCAUAUAACGCUACCGUCUGGGCUCAAGGUCCCAGUCUGUAUUGCUGCCAACCCCACCACAGGAAUGCUACAGAUAACGGCUGCCCCUGCUGUCAAACAGAAUGCUCCACCAGGAAAACCCCUCGCACCAAUACCCCUGAAAGCUAAAGGACAACUAAAAGUAGUACCACCUGUUUAUAAGAAUAUGCAGUGUCUUGUUUGUGGAUUCCAGAAGAAGGGGACUAACCCAACAAUACCAGUAAAGCCCUUGACAUCAACAAAUCCUGUGCCAGAGGUUAAAGAGACAAAUGCUGAAUUGUUGUUGUUGUUGUUCCCUGGUCUUGUGAAAGAGGAAGAGAAAGCCAAUAUUAAUGCUCUGGGUGUGAUUUGUGACCGCUGUAGUUAUGAUGUAGGGUAUCUCUUUAAGAACCUUCGCAGUGCUCAGACGAUUAAAAACCUCCUGGUGAAGAAGAUGGUGACUGCUUUCCCUGCUCGCGAUAAUAGUUUGUUCACCAAACGCAACCUGAUAUCUCAAGCAGCUGCUCAGGAUCCACUUCUGCCUGAUCCCACAAAGCUUGAUCCCUUAUACCCCGAUACAGCUACUACAAAACCUCCUCCACCUGAUUCCAAAAUGAUGCGAAAUAAAAGUGUGCAGACGUCAGUUGUACCUUUGGGAAGAAGUUCACAGACCAGAUUGACCAUGUGUGAGAUUGAUCAUGACGUUCCAGAGUCCAUCUUGAUGAGUGCUAUGGUCGCUACUAAUGCAUUAGAAAAGACCAUUAAGUUAUCCUCGCAAGAGUGUCACAUUGAUCGUUCAAGAGAGCGUGGGUAUUCAAUGUCGGUGACAGAUUCUGAUUCAGAUACGCUGAACCCACAUAUCCAAGCGGAUGAUUCAGGAAUGCCAACCGAGAAAAGGCCAAGCAGAGAAGUUGUGUUGGUUCAAGUUCCACGCGGGCCUGUGUCAAGUGUCGGCGUACAGACGUACCAGACAAAAAGUAUUCCUGCGAGUGAUGGUCUGCAGAAGGGCAAUCUUUGUGCUGUUACAGUGGAGCGUGGGACUGGUGAAGAAGGGGGAAAUGAGGUUCGACGUUUGAAUCAGGGACAGUGCACAGUUUGUGGUUUGAAGCCAGUAAAGGGACAAAGGUAUCGAUCUGUUCAUAGCCAGGAUACCAAGAUCAGCCGCUUCCUGUUGAAGUAUUGUGGUAUUUAUCUUCUGGAAGAUGGAGCCAAUUGUAUUUGCUACGGUUGUGAAGCACGGGUGUUGGCAUGCAACUUGGCAAUUGGAGAUUUAAAGGAAAAGUGUAAAAACAAUUUACCUUCGCAUCGAGAGAUCGAAACAACGAAGAAGUCAAGAAAACGGAAAAACCCUGAAUACGUUGUGACGGCAGAGCGAGCAUCUGACAGUCUUACAGAUGAGCAGAGAGGUUUACUCACGCUCACAGAACAAAGGUACGCCAGUCUGACAAGUGAGAAGUUGGUGUUGGGGAAUGCUACCGAUGCUCAUCAGGAAACGUCUGCUUCAUCGGCUGAAAGAGAUGUUUUGUGUGCCAAUCCAUGGCUAGGGCAAGGCCGUCCUGUCCUUGAAAGCUUGCAACAACUCACCACGGGCAAGCAUCAUGCUUCGGUGACUCCAUCAACAUCUGGUGCCACUGUCACCAACUUGAAGCAAGAUGUCAUUGAUUCUGACGACGUUCUGGGCAUCGGUGAACUCCCAUCACUAUCAUAUGUUGGAUAAGACUGGAUUCUAUGGAAUUGCUAUCAAGGCUGUCCUUGGAUUGAUAGUAUCGCAAAGCAUGUAAAGAGACAUGUGGUUUAGAUACUAUACAAAGGGGAAUAGAUUAACAGUUUGGGACAAGAGGGGACACUGACCAUGAAGCUAGCAUGUAAACAUUUGACUUUGUAACCUUUUGUUGGUGAAAUAUAUAGCUUUGA